CUACAAGUCCCGGCAGACACCACGGCCGUGACCAUCACGUGACUGUGGGACCCAGUGAUGACGCGGUUUGGCGCAUGUCGGCCGGAGCGUAGAUGAUGGCGGCGGUGAACGUGUUCCCGCUGAAGUGUGUUGUGCAGCAUUAUGCCUGGGGGAAGGUCGGCCUGGAGAGUGAGGUGGCAAAACUCGCUUUAAGUGAUGAUCCCUCCAUAUCCAUUGAGCAAGAGAAACCCUAUGCUGAGUUAUGGAUGGGAGCUCAUCCCAAAGGGGAUGCCAUUAUCUGUGACAACAGAAUUCCCCAGAAGACUCUUGGGGAAUGGAUUGCCAAGCAUCCUGACUGUUUGGGAUCAAAGGUGAAAGAUAUUUUCCAAGGGCAGCUUCCCUUUCUGUUCAAGGUGCUUUCGGUCAACAUUUCGUUAUCUAUUCAAGCUCAUCCAACCAAAGAACUAGCUGUACAACUGCACACUCAGUUUCCGGAUCGCUAUCCGGAUAAAAAUCACAAACCAGAAAUGGCCAUUGCACUGACUCAUUUUGAAGGGCUGUGUGGAUUUAGACCAGUGGAGGAAAUUAUUGGAUAUCUGAAAAAUGUCCCAGAAUUCCAUGCAGUGAUUGGCAAUGAAGCUGCAGAAGCGCUUGAAAAUAGCGUUGGUGACCCACGUCAGGUAUCUGAGGCUUUGAAGAAAUGCUUUACUCGAAUGAUGAACUGUGAAAAGAAAACUUUUAUUGAUCAACUGAACAUGUUGGUGAAGAGGGUGUUGCAAGAAGAUACUGCAGGAAAGGACACUACAGGAAGUAAUGGCGAGCUCUUGCUACGGUUGCACUCCCAGUUUCCAGGGGACGUUGGGUGUUUUGUCAUCUACUUCCUAAACCUGGUGAAACUGCAACCUGGAGAAGCCAUGUUUCUGGGAGCUAAUGAACCCCACGCUUAUCUAUAUGGAGGUAAGACUUGAGAUUUCUUUAUAAAAUAGCAAGACAUGAAUGAUAAGUUGC